AUGGCUUUUAAAGUGAGUUUGAUCGUAUCCAUUCUGAUGCUCUCGGUUCUAUUCGACGAUCGAGUCGAAGCAGGUCACGCGCACUCGUUUCAACAUUUCCACGGACCCGUGAUAGGCGAUGCCGAAGAGGUGACUUGGAAAGACAAUCACGGUCACCACCAUCACGAUUAUGUGGCCCAUCCACAUUACGAGUUCUCGUACGGUGUGGAGGACCAUCACACCGGCGACUAUCACGGACAGAAGGAGCACAGAGACGGUAAGCGGAGAGUAAGCGAAUACACGAUAAAAGAGCCUGGUGGAAAUGUGAGAACGGUGAAAUAUCGCGCUGGAAAGGACGGAUUCUUCGCCCACGUGAUUAACAGUAAUGGCAACAACCAUGAAGGAGGGGGACACCAUCAUUAA